UCAGCAAGAGUCUCUUCAUUUUUCUCCCAUAAAUUUAUUAAGUUUUGAGUCUUUCCAUUUCCUUUCAAAUUCUUUUCGUUUUUCCCAUCUUGAUAUCCAUAACUUAUAUUAAUAUGCAAGAAAUAUCUCCCUCUGGAUUCUCAACAACACCAUUUCUGCCCAAGAAGGUUCCAUCAGAUUAGAAAAAUUUCUUCUUCAUCAGCCACUUCUUCUUCAUCAUUUUUCAUUCUUAGGUGUUAAUGUUCUUCUCCAUCAUCAUCAUUCAUCCGAUUUUGCCUCUAUUGUUUUCAUUCUUCCAAUGUACUAUCCUCAAAAUAUGUAAGCCCCAUUUUAUUUUACUUUUCGUUGUUGAUUGUGGGGAGGAAGCAAGGGUUUUGUCUCCCAACAGACCCGUCUCGAGAAAAUCAAGCGAGAAGAAAGAAAACGGUGAAGGGCAAGAUCGCUCUCUCCAACUAUGGAGUGGGAAAGGGAAAGACAUAAGUUAUGUGGUACAACUCCUAUUGAAAAGGAUAAAAAGGGGGGAGGAGAAGGAAGAGGAAGAGGAAGAGGAAGAAGAAGAAAAUGUUGAUUCUGAGAAGCAGGACAACAAUAGUGUCGCAAAUGACUUUUCUUUGUUUCUUCAACUUUCUUGAUAUGUUGUUUCCAAGUGUUGCUUGAUAUACUUAAUUCAAGGGUAUGCAAUGAACAUCAUGUUAUUGCAUCAAAAAGUUUGAGCAUUCUUAAUUUGUCUAGCCACCAUUACAAUGUAUCAAUUAUAUUCAAUCUUAAUUGGGUUAUUC